AUGGCAUAUUGCAUUCCAAACUUACCAUCACUCCAGGGUUGGAAGACAAGCACCAAUUGCUUAUUUGGCUGGAACACAGGCAAGAAGAAUGUAAAUGACAAACCUCAGAUUAAAUACCAUGAUAUUGAUCUCACUUUCUCAACUUCUCUGGUGGACAAAACAUUUUUGAGAGGGAAGGAGCUAAAAUGCUGCUUUAGGGCUACAAUAGAUGGAUUCAGUGCAACUAGUUUCCACGAAUGUUGUGACUUCAAGGGGCCAUGCGUGAUAAUCGGCUACACAAACAAGUCUUUCAAGUUUGGUGCAUUUAACCCUGAAGGGUAUAGAAGCACAGAUGACUACUAUGACACAUUUGAUGCCUUCCUAUUUUAUUGGACAGACAAUGAAACUAAGCCCAUCAUUUUGCCCAAGGUUGGUGGCAGUGGUGCAGCCCUGUUUGAUUAUGCACGUGGGGGCCCACAAUUUGGGGCAGAUGGGCUGCUCAUAGGGCCCCCAUUGGCCCCAGUUAUGGGGGGCUUUGCUGGGCCUGAUACAAAUUCUGGCAUUGGUGACUUAAGACAAGCAAAGUCUAGAUUGGGAUUGUCUUAUGCCAAAAGAGACGAUGGGAAGGAGUCUAUAUUUGGUGAUGAGUCAAGGGCAACCCUUAAAGAAGUGGAAGUCUUUUGCAGUCCUCAAAUUGCAAGCUUAUACUAG